CAAAAUAGCAUACCUAUUAUCUAUGAUAGCAUACAUUCUAAAGCACAUUCCUAGAGCACAUUAUAAACUUAUACUGUGGUUUAAGCAUGUCUUCCCCUUUCACAUGUGUUGCUUGUGGUGUUGUUUUCAGUGAUCCAGAAUUACAACGAUCGCACUACAAAACUGAUUGGCAUCGAUAUAAUUUAAAGCGAAAGGUUGCGGAAUUGCCUCCCGUAUCAAGUGAGGAGUUUGCGAGGAGAGUCUUAUUACAACGUAACAUCGAUCAGCAUGAGGAGAAUAAAAAGGAAUAUUGCUUAAUUUGCAGAAAAAGCUUCGGGAAUAAAAAUGCUUUUCUCACUCAUAAAAAUUCAAAGAAGCAUAAGGAAAAUGAGAAAAAAUACAAACAUGAUUACAAUAAUUCAUUCAAACAAGAAAAUAUAUCAACAGACAGCAUUGAAGAAGAAGAGAUAGAUUCAGAUGAAUGGGAUGAAGAUACAGAAAAUCCUAUUGAUAAAAAUAAUUGCUUAUUUUGUGCACAUCAUAGUUCUACCCUUUUGAAAUGUUUAAAACACAUGGCAAUAAGCCAUUCCUUUUUUAUUCCUGAUGCAGAGUUUUGUGUAGAUUUACUAGGUCUUUUGAGGUAUCUUGGAGAAAAAAUAAUGAUUGGCCACAUGUGCAUAUGGUGUAAUGAAAAGGGAAAGUCAUUCUAUGGUGCACAAGCAACUCGACAACAUAUGAUUGACAAAGGACAUUGUAAAAUGCUUCAUGAAGGGGAGACAUUAAUUGAAUAUGCAGAUUUUUAUGAUUAUUCUUCUUCAUAUCCUGAUGCUGAUGAAAAGAAUAUUGAUCAUGAUGAAGAGAUCAAUAUUCCUGAAAUAGAUGGAACUGAUUAUCAAUUAGCAUUGCCAUCUGGUAAAGUAAUAGGUCAUCGUAGUCUUUUGUGCUACUAUAAGCAGAAAAUUAACCCAAACCUUUCUAAGCAAAGUUAUAAAAUUAAUAAGGGCAAACUCUUAGCUAGUUAUAGAAUACUGGGUUGGACAGAUACUAAAAAGGAAAUUACUGUUAGCAAAGCCAGAGAUUUAUUAUAUAUGCAAAGGUUGCAGUCAAAGUGGAGAACAAAAUUGAGUAUAAAAGCCAACAAACUCCAAAAGCACUUCAGAAUGCAAGGAAAUUUCUAAUUUUAAAUUAUAUUUUGCAAUAAAUAAGUUGAUGUUUGAU